CAAGUCUCGCGAGAUGAGACUUGGGGCGUUGAGAUUUUCUUAAAGACAGGAGGCUGGGAACCUGCAGUUAACAAUUUUGCGGGAGGUCUAAGUAGCGUACGGGGCUGGUGGCUGUGUAUGGGAACUCGGGACUGUUUGGCAUUAUAAGCUGUGUAGGGGAAAGAACAUACAGGCACUUUAGCGACCGGAAUUCCUCCCAAAGUCUGUAGCUCACUGAAAGCAAAGGGGCCGGUAAUUGAAUAAGUGCAGCAUAGCCGGGAAAUCCUUUAAACCACAAAACCCACAGAGAUUGUGACGGCUGCCCUCCUUUCAUUCCCCGAUGGCGGCCUUGGUUGUAUUGGGAGUACAUGUAGCCUUGUCCUUGUCUAUGGGGAUACACAGAAGUAGUUAGUCUUGCUUGUUCUUGUGUGUAUAUAUAUGUAUAUGUGUGUGUACACAAAGCCAUUCCAUAGCAGGCUGAUGCAUACUUUUAUGCAGGUGUGUUAUCAAGUGGUGUUUAAAUCACGUUGUUAGGUACACAGGGUCCAGUAAUUAAUAAUGGAGAAGAAAUUGUUUCUAAACUACUUUGGCUAUAUAUUUAUUUUGACUCUGAUACCCUUAGUAUUUAGUGAGGCUAGUUAUCCUCCUGAAUCUGGUCAUCCUGGCAUAACUGAUGCCUAUGAUGUGUUUGAGGAUACCCACCAUGAUAGUACCAAUCACAGUCACGAAGGAGGGCAUCAUGGAAAAAAGAAAGCUUUCCCUGUUCUUGAUCUGGAUUACACUCGUAUUCGGAUGCCCUUUGAGAUAGCAUUAUGGAUCCUUCUGGCAUCACUUAUGAAACUUGGGUUCCAUGUGAUCCCCACAUUAUCCGGCGUGGUCCCUGAGAGCUGCUUGUUGAUUGUCGUGGGUCUACUUGUGGGCGGUCUUAUCAAGGCAGUUGGGGAAACACCACCUGUAUUAAAAUCUGAUGUAUUUUUCCUGUUUCUGCUGCCACCAAUUAUUCUGGAUGCUGGGUACUUCUUGCCACUGCGUCCUUUCUCUGAGAAUUUGGGAACUAUCUUAAUGUUUGCAGUAAUAGGUACGCUCUGGAAUGCCUUCUUUAUGGGCUCCCUUCUCUUUGCUGUUUGCCAGAUUGGUGGGGAGGACCUUAGGAAUGUGGGCCUCCUGGCCAACCUGCUCUUCGGCAGUAUCAUUUCAGCAGUGGACCCAGUGGCUGUUCUGGCUGUUUUUGAGGAGAUCCACAUCAAUGAUCUGCUCCACAUUUUGGUGUUUGGGGAGUCCUUGCUUAAUGAUGCUGUCACUGUGGUCCUGUACCACUUGUUUGAAGAGUUUGCUGCCCUGGAGCAAAUCACAUUCCGUGAUAUCUCCCUAGGCUUCUUGAGUUUCCUAGUGGUGGCCCUGGGUGGAGUGUUUGUUGGUUUGGUGUAUGGAAUAAUUGCUGCUUUCACCUCCCGCUUCACCUCCCACAUCCGUGUCAUUGAGCCGCUGUUCGUCUUCCUCUAUAGCUAUAUGGCAUAUUUGUCAGCAGAACUCUUCCACCUCUCAGGCAUCAUGGCUCUCAUUGCUGCUGGAGUUGUAAUGAGACCCUAUGUUGAGGCCAACAUCUCCCACAAGUCCCAUACAACCAUCAAGUACUUUCUGAAGAUGUGGAGCAGUGUGAGCGAAACCCUUAUCUUCAUCUUCCUUGGGGUCUCAACUGUGGCUGGACCUCAUAAAUGGAAUUGGCCCUAUGUCAUCAGUACACUUAUCUUCUGUUUUGUAGCUCGUGUUCUUGGUGUCUUGGGCCUAACAUGGUUCAUAAACAAAUUCCGUAUAGUGAAGCUGACCCCCAAGGACCAGUUCAUCAUUGCAUAUGGAGGUCUAAGAGGAGCUAUUGCUUUUUCACUGGGAUACCUUCUGGAUGAUAAUCACUUUCCUAGAGAAAUGUUCCUAACUGCAAUCAUCACAGUGAUAUUCUUUACAGUCUUUGUUCAGGGCAUGACAAUUCGACCAUUGGUAGAGCUUCUCGCAGUGAAGAAGAAGCAAGAAUCUAAGCGGUCAAUAAAUGAAGAGAUACACACGCAGUUUUUAGAUCACCUUCUGACUGGUAUAGAGGAUAUCUGUGGGCAUUAUGGCCACCACCAUUGGAAAGACAAACUGAAUCGCUUUAAUAAGACUUAUGUGAAAAAGUGCCUUAUUGCUGGAGAAAGAUCUACAGAACCACAACUUAUUGCCUUCUACCACAAGAUGGAGAUGAAGCAGGCAAUUGAGUUGGUGGAAAGUGGUGGCAUUGGAAAGAUCCCCUCCACAGUGUCUACUGUGUCAAUGCAAAAUAUUCAGCCUAAACCAAAACUGUCUGAGAGAAUCAUCCCAACUCUGUCUAAGGGAAAAGAGGAAGAAAUUCGCAAAAUUCUACGAACUAAUCUUCAAAAGACACGACAACGGCUUCGGUCAUAUAACCGUCACACUUUGGUGGCUGACCCAUAUGAAGAAGCCUGGAACCAGAUGUUACUGCGUAGACAAAAAGCUCAUCAAAUGGAACAGAGGGUGACCAAUUACUUGACUGUUCCUGCACACAAGCUGGAUUCCCCUACCAUGUCAAGAGCCCGAGUUGGCUCAGACCCCCUUGCCUAUGAACCCAAACCAGACUCUGAGAAUAUCCCAACAAUCACAAUUGAUCCAGCAUCGCCAGAAUCGGUGGAUACGGUGAAUGAAACACAGGAAGAAGAAGAAGAGGCAGGAAUCACUAUGACCGUAAAAGAGCCCCCUUCACCUGGUGCCGAUGAUGUAUUCAUUCCCCAAGAAAGCCCCAACUCUCAGCGUCUUCAACGCUGCCUGAGUGACCCUGGACCUCACCCAGAGGAGAUUCAGCCUUUCCUGCCCAAAAAAGAAUAAUGCAAUUAUCUUUUAAGUAUAGACUGUGUAAGACACAGAAAUAGGUUUAUGAAGGGAGCAUUCAAUUUACAUCUACAAGUUGCCAUCUUCUUGCACUGCAGGAAAAGCAAAGAUUAUCUUCUCUUUUCCUUUCCUGGCUCCACCCUGCGUUCUCCUUUCAAUUCAUUCCUUUUACAUUUCCCCCCCUUUUUUCCCCCCAUUCCUUUCAUUUAUUUUUACAUUUUAUUUUUUUACAUUUAUAACCAAAGAAUAUAUUAUUAAUGAAAUAGUUCCACGGUUUUGUCCUGUUUUAAUGCUGUUUACACCUGGUGGUGGGUGAAUCCCCUAAAUGAUAUAUUUACAGGUAUUCCUUUUAGCAAUUAAAGUUGUGCCUCCCUUGCAAAAUAACUGCCUGAUAAAAGAACAGAAGAAUUUGGAAUAAGAUGGCUGAAAACAGAUUUUCAGGCAUGAAUUAUAUACUUUGGGCAAUAUACAUCCUGUUGUAUGUGGAAAAUUUAAAACUGGCAGCAAUAACGAAGUAUGACCAUACAACACUUUAGGACAUUGGCACAUGGGGUAAUAAUGCAAUGUGUUUUUUAGUAGCAACAAAGCUUGAAAUCACUCUCCAU